AGCUCGUAUUUGCUUCCCGCUUAUUAAGUUAAAAUUCACAUAUUUUACAUUUUCAUCCAUGACUAGCCUGUGUAUAAAAUGUAAUUUAUAGACUACUACAAGAUUCUGCCCCUGCCCAGCCUUUAAGGAAGUGUAAAACUAGUAUGCCAGUUUCGUGUUGCAGAUGUCAGUCAAAGGGUUAUAUUAAACGCCCGAAAACCGUAUAUGUCUUUUGAAUUAUUUUUCAACUUGACUUAUAUAGAGUGAUAUUAUGUGUAAAGAAUGUUUUUCUUGGUGUUUCGAAGAAGAAAUACAUUGGACAAUUGUAAAUGCCAAGCUUAUUAGUCGUGGUGAUAAAAUUGCUAUUGGUGCCUCUGGUGGUAAAGAAAUAGAGAUAUUUAAGCUAAAAAAAUUUCUCAGUUGAAAUCACGAGUUGAUCUAAACUAGGCCAACAUCAGAAACUUAAAAGCACUAGGCGGCCGUUUCGUCUUAUCAUGGGGCUCCUCACCGGUGCGCACCCACGAUCCCUCAUGCGUGACUCGAGCUCAGAACUUGCGGUUUUGCGCGUGAACGCCUAACUUACGGAUAUUUUCGUUGGCCUAAGCUGUACGGCUGCAUUGUAUUUUUUAUUGUAUUGUUUACUAAAAAUAGUAGUAAUAUGUGGUAAAAUAGAAUGGUGUUGAAUAAAUUUUAAGAAAAUGAUUUAGCAUCUUUUUGUAAGUUCACGAAAAUCUCAUAUUGAUAGGAAGGUGUGCAAUGAUCCAACUGUUAACAGAAAAUAUCAAGGUGAAGAUAAUUGUCUACUUGAUAAAUAUUAAGAAUAGAACAAUUGACUGUUGUAAUGAUAGCUGAUUAUUAGUUUCUAAAAAUAAUUAGGUGUAGAAAAAUAAAGCAAAGGAAGUCUAUAUAAAUGUAUAUAUUUUUGUAUUUUUAGAUUCUACCGUAUUAGCUUACAUACUAAACUUGUUAAAUAAAAGAUAUGAUUAUGGAGCGGAAUUGCUUCUUUUAUCUAUUGAUGAAGGUAUAAGUGGAUAUAGAGAUGACUCAUUAAUGACUGUUCAGCGAAAUCAGAUCCAAUAUGGACUUCCGUUAAAAAUUCUUUCUUAUCAGGAUUUGUACGGAUGGUCAAUGGAUGAUAUUGUGAAGCAUAUUGGGAAUAAACGAAAUUGUACUUACUGUGGGAUAUUUCGCCGCCAGGCUUUGGACAAAGGUGCACUACUUCUUGGAGCUAACAAAAUAUGUACUGGUCAUAACGCUGAUGAUAUUGCAGAGACAGUGUUAAUGAAUAUUCUACGAGGUGAUAUUGGUCGAUUAAAACGAUGUACAGCUAUAAUGACAGGUACAGAUGAUAUACUUCCUCGUUUUAAACCUUUUAAAUAUGCUUACGAAAAGGAGAUUGUCAUGUAUGCACAUAUGCAUAAAUUGGAUUAUUUUUCAACUGAAUGUAAAUACGCACCACAAGCUUAUCGAGGGCAUGUAAGAGCGUUUAUCAAGGAUUUGGAGAGAAUACGACCUAGGACUAUCAUAGGUGGGUUGCUUUCUGUUAGAGUGGAAUUCACCUUAUUUGAUUUAGAUAUUAUAGCAUCCGGUGAACGUAUGGCUAUUCGAAGUGAUGUAAAGAUGCCUCAGAAAAGUACUUGCGAAAAGUGUGGAUGCAUUUCAAGUCAGCUUAUAUGUCAGGCAUGCAUUCUCCUAGAACAGCUUAAUUCUGGUUUACCACAGAUAACCAUAAAAGAUACCGAACAGCAUUCUCAAAUUGACUAGUCGGGCGAUACCAAUUUUUCUAAAGAUUUUAUAUUAUAUAUCAGAUAUUGUAAAUAUAUUCCUAUUUGGAUAGUGGUUCUUAUAAGUGUAAAUUCUUACUUUAAGAGUGUCAAAUUGGUGUUGUAUGUUUUGAAUUUUUCAUGUAUAAAGUAAUGGGAGUAAAUACUAUUCUUGUAAGUAUUCUUGAACAAA